GAACGGGCGACAAUUAUGGGAAGUGUGUCGCGCAAUAAGAAAAGGGUAAUAGAAGAACUUGUUACUGGUAAAGGCUGUGCUACCCAGCUUCAGAUUCUUUUCCACAAUUCCUCUGAAAAGAGUGGGCGUCUCUCGGCUCAGGAGCUCGUGCACAAGAUCUUCACAUCUUUCGAUCACGCGAUCCCGUUGCUGUCUAGUGAUGAAUCUGUCGAGGUUUCUCAGAAUCAAGCAACUUCCUACUAUGAUUCCCCUUGUUGUAAGAAGAGACCUGUCUCCAAGGAAAAGAGAGGCUGUUAUAAGCGAAGGAAAGCUGAACAGACAUGGACAGUAGCUUCUGCAACUGUUGAAGACGGUCAUGCGUGGAGGAAAUAUGGACAAAAGCAGAUUUUGAAUUCUGAACACCCAAGGUAUUCAUUUUUUGCAAUUCCUUCCAAAAAUGAUUCCUGUAAAAGGAAGCUAUUUAAGCGGUCCAAAUUAUCAUGGAACAGGGGUUACUUUAGGUGCACUCGUAAAUACGAUCAAGGUUGCCGGGCCACUAAACAAGUCCAAAGAAUGGACGAUGAUUCCCAAAUGUAUCAGAUCACUUACAUCGGAACCCAUACAUGCAGACCAGACUCAUUCAAGGCUCCCCAAAUCAUCAGUGAUUCGGAAUCCUGGCAAUCUUUCAAGAUGGUCACUUUUGUCAAUUCCGAUAUCCCAUCGAACACUACAACCAUGAAGCAGGAAGCCAAGGAAGAGACGACGGUGACAACGCCGACGACGCCGACAACAAGCGGUCUUACGGACUUGGGUUCUGUUAUCAUGUGGAAGGAUAUAAUCGGAGCCAAUUAUGAUGAUGUGGUGUCUAACGUGUAUUCAAGCACUGAAAUCACUUCCCAGAACUUAGAAUUGGACCUUGUAAUGAAGCCUGUUGAGUUUGAAGACGAUUUUCAGUUUGAUGAAAGUGAGUUGCUCUAGUCUAUGUCUAGCUGCUUGUAAAGCUUAAUAUUAACUUUAGCUGCAACAGUUGUAAUAGGCAAUGUGGAACAAUAAGAACCACUGAG